CAACGGGAUGGACGCAAAUAGGUUGUCCAUUUUCCUUCUGGUUGUUACCAUAGCUAUUACUCAAGCUUGGCAAUAUGUUGAUAGAAGACCCAGAAAAGACCUCCAAAGGGAUCCGCACUAUGUCGCCAAAAGACACAUGUUGCCUGGAAGUGACAAAAAGCGCCGACCUUCGACCCAGAUACCGAAAGAAAUGAGGAAGAAGCCAUCAGGUCAUCUCAAGCCGUUGCAAUAUGACGAAAUGGAAAAUGACGAGGUCGUGUCUGUAGCAAUAGGUCCUCCUGCAAUGAGACCAAAGUAUGAUAAAACACGGAGAAAUAUGGCAAAAGCAUAUGCCUCUCCAGCAAAUGAAUCCACUGCAUCUAAUCUUAUUAAAGACAUAUUAGUUGAAUUGGGUAGAGAAUUUGUCACACAUAACGUUAACGAAGACUUCGUAUUCGGACAAUACGUGGGUAACGUCAUGAAGAAUCUAACCAGCAGUCUAAAAAUGAAAAUGCAACAUGAAAUUCUAGAUUUAAUUUUAAAAUAUCAAAGAAUAUGUCGAGGUGACGAUAUAAAAGUUUUGAAUGAAAAUACAAAAACCGACGACAAGACUGUUAAAGAUAUAAAGUUAGACAAGAAACCAGCUGCCAAUGAAACAGAAGACGGGUGGCCAGAUUUUUCAAAUAUUGAAAAAUAUGUUGGCUAAUUGUUUUAUUUAUUUAUUAUAACUUCGUUAAAAGUAUACUCGUACUUAAGUUUUAGUGUUGAUUUAAAUAAUUGAAUUUUUCUUAGAUUAUUUGUUUUAUUUUCACAGUAAAAAUAUUUUUUAACAGAAAUUGUAAAUAACAAAUUAAGAGAUCUAUUGUAGAAAAUUCUUCCGAAAUUAUUUUCCAGGAGUCUUUAAACUGUUUAUUAAAAAUCUGAGUGGUAUUUUAAGAUUAAAGAUCAAAAGAAUAAUUAUGGCUAUAUUGAAAAAAUCUUAUAAAUAUCAUCUAGUCGACUUUAAAUGCAAAAUAAUUCUCCGAAACGAUAAAACUUAGAUCCAUCUCAUAUAUAACAUCUUAGAUAGAUUUAAAGUAAUUCAAUUUAUGAUUCUAGAGCUUUUGCUUUCACUUCAAACAAAUAUUUUAUCAAAGAUCUAAGACGCGACGAAUAGAAGGUAUUUAUUGUUUUUUGUGUAAUAAUAAUAUUGAAUUUAAUGUAUUUAUGUAAUUUUAUCUCUUUUUAAAUGUGAAAUGUUAGCUUUGCACUUUCUUCCAUCCUUUCUACUUAUCCGAUCUUAAAAGCGGAAUGUACGGAUUAAAGUUUGCUUUGAGUGAAAUAGACAAUGGAAGAAUUUUUUAAAUUGUUAACAAACUUAAACCGACCUACAUUUUUGUAGGAUAGUUUCUGAAUAUUGUUAAACUAUUCUCUUAUUCUUAUCAAAAGGAUUGUUCUGUAUUGAAUUGAUUUAAAACGGAA